CGUCACACUGCACAUUCACAUAGCAACACACUGCACUGCACCCACCCCAACACACACACACACACACACGAUGGCGGACGACAUUGUCGACCGCAGCACGCUGAGCAACGGUGACUUUGUGUCACUGUUUGUGCAGAGUGCGGGUGGUGUGGCGAGCGUGGACUUGCUCUCGUCAAAGGAGAUCUCCGUCUUCCAACCCACCAAACUACAGCAAGAGCACCAGAAAGCAACACAGCAGCAAGGCGACAGCACCAAUGCAACCUACUCCUCCUCCUCCACCGCUGACGCCACCUCUACCAAGGCAGACACGGCACCCACCACCAUCCCAAACUUUGAGCAGGCAUGCAUCUUCCAGAUCAAGGCGGUGACGGACCUGCCGGAGGGCGCCAGCCUCAAGUACGGCGACGUCGUGCGCAUCAUCCACCGCAGCACCCAGCGCAGCAUCACGCGCCAGACCCGCGCCGUUGGCGGCGUGUACUCCGUGGCUCUCGAUGCCACCAGCGCCGGCGCCAGCCACUUUCGCCUCCUGCCGCGCUUCAAGAUCAGGGCCAUCGGCGACCCGGUCCUCCUCAACGACCAGGUCGUCUUCCAGAACGAGCUCAUCCUCGACGGAAACCGCACCUUCCUCACCUCCUCCUCAAGCCUCGACCAGUCCAAGGUCCUCCUCGCCUGCGGGCCGUCCGAGACAUCCGGCAUACGCAUCCGCCUCUUCGCCCCCUACAACGUCUCUGGGGAGGCCUUCAUCCACGUGCUCAAGGGCGGCGACUUUGUGCGCCUGUACCACCACGAGGCCAACGGGUUCCUCGUCGUUGCGCGGCAGAUUGGCGACGGCGACGAGGAUGACUUCCUUGGCCACGACAACACCGUCUGUCUCCGCGCCAUCGGGGCAGGCAACCAACCGGGCGACUACCACGACGCAAGCUCCAUCUGGCAGGUGGAGCUCGAGGACACCCAGCGCCGCGGCGGCAGGCCCGUGCUGUGGACCGACCACGUGCGGCUCAAGAACCCCACGGCACGCGAGCUCUUCAAGCGCGCGCGAAACAGCAUCCAGGCGCUCAUCCAGUUCUGCUCCGAGGACAAGAUUGAGGACGGGCAGGACGAGGGCGCACACUGCGCGGACUGGGGCAAGGGCUGGCGCACGCGCCUGGCGCAGCCAAAGUGCCGCCGCUUCAACAAGCUGUGCCGCGACAUCUACCGCCUCAUCAGCUACCUGUGCCACGGCAACGUGCACGUGGGCCUGGUCAUGGCAGACGCCUACCUCACCGACAUGGUCAACCAGUGCCGGCUCAUCAGCUGCAUCGACAACAUCCACUGGCACAUUGCUGACACCCUGGACAACAUUGUGCGCAACAACCACAUCCUGCUCAACCGCGUCACGAAGCGGUCCGUCAACCUCUACAUCUCCCUCAUCCACGAAGCACACACCAUGAGCGACCUCGAGCAGUACCUCGGCCUCCUCGCCUCCCUCUGCUCCGUCGACGGCUCGGCCAUCCCCUCCAUCCAGAACAUCAUCCGUGAGCUCACCCUUGCCCCAGACGCGCCCGCAGCGGACAUCCUGCCCGUCACCACCAUCGACAGCGAUGGAAACAUGACCAUCUCCACGCGCGUGCCCACGCGAGGCAAGCCCUUCCACCAGUGGCGCGUCGUCACCAUGCCGCUGCAGGAGUACCUCAAGGACCAGGACCACCUCGAGUACUUUGACUCCAUGCUCCAGCUCUACGCCCAGCUGUGCCUGGAGGGCAACUGCCAGGACGAGCUGCGUGACGCGCGGCGGGCGCCCUACCCCAUGAUCAUGGGUGUGCUGCAGUCCAACCUGCCAGCACACAUCAAGGCGCGCUUCUGCACGCUCCUCGUCAACCUGUACAUUGACGGCGACGACCUGCCCGAGGUGGACCACUCCAACCGGCGCUGGAACGACCUGGCCAACCACAAGUCGCACGCCAAGCUCAGGGCCGUUGCAGAUCGCCUCUUACGCGUGGACGAGGUGGUCAACUGGGUGGAGGCCUACCUCUCGCAGAAGGGUCUGCUCUCGUACACGACAGGCUACUACUCCGGUGCAGACAGCAAGCGCCCUGAGAUUGCCGAGCUCAAGCAGGCAGAGGUGCAAGCCAACGUGCUCACGGAACAGGUGCUGCGACUGUGCCUGGCCAUGGUGAACAGGGGGCUGUACAACGACGUCGAGGCAAGGCAGCAGCUGACGCGCAGGCUGGUGGUGCUGCUGAUGCGCUCGCACCCGAGUGACACGGACGACCUCACGCCCACCGCGGCCCUUGACGUCGUCGUGCGCGCAAAGACGGUGCUCUGCCGCAUUCUCGAUGCGUGCGUUGACGUGCACCUGGACGACAUUGUCACCCAACUCCUGCACGCCUACAAGAAGGAGUGCGAGCAGAACAAGCGCAAGGGGCGCAAGCGUCGCCAGCAACAGCAAGAGCAGCAGCAGCAGCAGCAGCAGGGAGAUGAAGGUGGAGCAGACCUGCAACAGCAGCAGAGCACUCGCUCCCUGCUUGACAUUGACAUCAUCAAGCAGACGGGCGACAACCACCACUUUCUCGAGUACCAGGGCUUCACCCGCAAGCAGGCUACACACCUGCUGUUGGCCCUGACCGUGUACCCGAGCGACGGCCUGCGCGUUGCGGCGCUCAACCUCCUCCUCCGCAACUUCAACAUCAAGGGGUGCCUGCUGGCGCGCCUCUCAAAUGUGGUGGUCAUCUCCGACAGCAGAGACGAGGCCACGCUGGAGCAUUUGGAGGAGCUCAUGCUCAUCCUCAAGCAGCAGGACAACGACGACCUGCCCACUGUCGCCAGAAACCUGACCAAUGACAUCCAGUGGAUGUGCGCAGAGUGCGUCACCGUCAACGACAAGCCAGCCUCAGACUUCCUCAACAACCCCGCAGCAAUAACAGCAGCAACAGCAGCAACAACAACAGCAGCAGCAGCAGCAGCAGCAGCACCAGGAGCAACAACAACAACAACAACAGCACGAGCAGCAGCACCAGGAGCAACACGCGGUGGUGGCCGGCGUGGAGCGCUGCCCUGGAACCAGCCAGAUGUGGUGGUGGAGCCACAGCAUGGGCGGCAGGAGAUGAUGCGUAACGCCAGCGCAUACAAGGCCGUGCUGAACCUGGUGCAGCAGCGGCUGUCGGGUGCCACCUUCAAGAAGGCCCUGGAGAGCGAGCGCGUGCAGGAGUUCUUUGGCUCGUGCUUUGAGUUCCUUGCCUUCUUCUGCUGGGACAACAGAAACAACCAGGAGCUGCUGAGCCACCCGCGCAACAUCGCCUUCUUCGUCGAGGCGUGCACAUACGGCAUCCACGCCGAGCGCGUGCUGCACCGCAUCUUCGAUGGGCAGCCCGAGCUGAUUGAGGAGCACGUCGUUGGCGAGGGCAACGUCGACCCGCUGCUCACCUGCUUCAUGCAGGAGCCCCGCUGCCGCACCGUGGCCUUUGUGCAGCUGCUGGAGACGCUGGUUGCGCCCGCGGGCACGCCGUCGCGCGACAUGCAGGAGGCCAUUGGCGAGAAGCUGCUGGGCGCCGAGGAGGACAAGGCAUACCUCUACCCGGCACAUACUGCCGGGGUGCACUUUGUUGCGUAUUUGGUCGCCACGUACACCAAGGCUGGCCAGGACCUGCACGGCUCGAUCCCAACGCUCAACACCAUUGGCUCUGUGCUCUCUCGCAAGGAAGAGCGGCUGUGCGCGUACUUUGAGCAGCUGUUGUCGCUGCUGGCCACCCUCGCCCGCGCCAACUCGAAGAUUGGCACGCUCGUGUCCAAGCUUGUGCCCCUGCCAGUGCUGGUACAGCCGUUUGUGAAUGGGGCGGCGCUGCCCGUCACGCUCAAGGCCCGCCUGCUCACCCUGAUGCGUGACGUGUACCUGACUGAGGAGUCUCUGGAGGCCGAGCUGGAGCCCAGCGAUGGGGCGGGCGCGGAAGGUGCCCAUGGCAGUGGUGAUGGCGGGAACGACAACGUCGACACGUGGGAGAUGCUGUGCAUACCGCUGGCAACUGAGCUUCAAUCGCUCGCCUCCGUGCAUUGCAGCAUCACCAAGCUGGACAAGUACCUGUUUGAGUCGCUGCUGCCCACCGCACUCAACGUGUGCCGCGCCCUCUCGCGCCACGUCCUCAACGACCCGUCCAUGCAGGCGCUCGCCGGGCCCUGUUCGCGCCUGCUCACCGCCAUGCUCGACGCCCUGCGGCAGCGGCGCAACGUGGUGGAGGCAGACAUGUCGCGUGCUGUUGUUCAAGGCCACCGCAUGCUUGCCGUGCAUGUGCUCGAUCAAACACUAGAACUGGCCGUGCUUGAGGCGGAUGCGGACAUCCCCGCAUGCAUUAUCACAGAGCAGCGCUUCUUCUCUCAGCCAAACACAUACGGUUUGUCCAGCAGCGGGCCAGGGCAAACGCGCGCUGCGUGGAAGGCAAACGCAGAGACAGCGCGCCUCGACCGUUUCCGUGGGCGCGUGCGUCGUCUGCUGGCCAAGUCAAGCAAGCGGCCCACCCUGCCCUGGAUGCGGUUCAUGCAAGUUGAGCUCAGCUUCGGCGGCAUGUGGGGCCUGAUUGAUGUUGUAAGGUCAGGCCUGCUGGGCGAAAUCGAAGAGGACCAGGAAGAGUUGGAGGCACUGGAAGAAAAGCUGCGCGACGAGCGUGGCGAGAUGCCAACACAGGGUCUGUUGGACGCCCUGAGGGCUGAGGAACGGCAAUCGCGCCGGCAACAGGGGCAACGUUUCCAGCCGAUCGCUCGCUGCUGGGUUCUUGGACACGCUUGCCCGCCCCACCGUGAAGGACGUGACCGUGGAUGUGCAGCAGUGCCUGUCACGCAUUAUCGCGUUGGUGGAUGA